AAGCAGUGACUGUCAAAUCUGCAUGAGAGAGGAUGGCCCUUCAGAGAAAUUAUGCCAGACUGGCAGUGAUGUCCAGGUAAAUUCCAGGGCCUUGUCAGGUGCAAAGCCUGUGAAGAAACAGGAAGAAGAGUCCUGUCAGGAUGGUCAAGUGGCAAGGGAGAUUCAGUCCUGUGGCUUUAGGAGAUGUGGGCUUGCCCAGGAUACCAGGUUGUGUGAUACAGCGCUGAAGCUACAUAGUAGAGACCAAUGUUCUCUCAUGUUCAGCCUAUGUGUCUUGUUAACUCUUAUGUUGUAAGUGGCACAUAGGCCCUGGUGCAGGUGUGGAGUUAGCAGACAACUCGAAGGAGUCAGUACUCCUCUACCAUGCAGCCACCUACUUAAAUGUUUAUACGGGAAAAGUUUAUGGAUAAAAAGACUAAAGGUUGCUGGGUGUGGUGACAAAUACUUUUAAUCCCAGCACUCGAGAGACUGAGGCAGGCAGAGGCAGGCGGAUCCCUGAGUUGCAGGCCAGCCUGGUGUACAAAGUGAGUUCUAGGACAGUGAAGGCUACACAGAGAAAUCCUGUCUUGAAAAAUAAAAAGGAAAAGAAAAGAUUAAAGGUACUUCCCACCAAGCCUGAGUUCAACUUCUUGGGGUCAGUUCUUUCCUGCCUUUCUGUGGGUUCUAGGGAUUAAACACAAGUCACUAAGCUUUUGUGGCAAGUGCCUUUACCUGCUGAUCCAUCUCACAGGCCCCUUGGUAAAUUUGCGCGCGCACACACACACACACACACACACACACACACACACACACACUCAUUUUAUGUAUAUGGUGGUGUUUUGUCUGUAUACAUGUACACCACAUAGGUGCCUGGUGCAUUAGGAGGCCAGAAGAACGGUACCUUACCUCCUGUAACUGGAAUUAUAGGUCGGUGGUUGUGAGCUACUAUGUGGGUAAUGGGAACUGAACCCCUAUCUUUUCAAAGGACAUUAGUGCUCUUAAACAAGCAAUAUUUUAAAAUGGGGGCUAGGUGUCCUGUCCAGGUCCACAAAACCUUUUUAACUAUUUUAUACCUCAAAGUACCAGGUACAUUCCUUAUACAGUUUCCUGAGAGGAAUCUCAGCAUUGGGAGGUCAGUGCCUUCCUCAUCUGUAUAGUGAGUUUGAGGCCAGCUUGAACUACAUGAGAUCUUACCUCAAAAGAAAAGCUGUGUGCGUGUGUGUGUGUGUGUGUGUGUGUGAGAGAGAGAGAGAGAGAGAGAGAGAGAGAGAGAGAGAGAGAAAGAGAGAGAGAGAGAGAGAGAGAGAGAAUUACGUGUUUGUGGUAUGUUCAUACAUAACAGUUACACACAUACACACACAUACAUGUAACUGACAAGAUGGCUUUAUGACUAAGGGUACUUUGUGUUAAGCCUGAUGAUCUGAAAAUUGAAAGUAGUAUAUCAUAUCAUAUCAUAUCAUAUCAUAUCAUACCAUAUCAUAUCAACUUUUCAGGAAGGAAGCAGGAAUUUUAAGGGAGCCCUGGGCAAGCACUCAGUAUAUAAGCAUUAGAAAAGUACCACUUUCCUAGUCACUCCCCUGUUCUCCAGAAUUUGGAGAACAAAGGUCUGUCUGUAUGUAGGAAGCAAAGAGGAAACCCAUUUUUUCGUGUUAAGGCUAACUUAGUUUGUAGCUAGCUUAGUUUAAGGGAAGUGUCCUGAUUAAUGGUGUAAUAGCCACAGUGCUCCUGUGGGCCCAGCACUGUGCUCAUCCUCACAGCAGCUUUUCAGGCUGCUGUUUUAUUAGUUUUGGCUUUGUAACUUCGUGAUCUGCCUCCCUUUGCCUUAGAGGUCCUGCGAUUAAAAGCACACCUGCUUAUUUCAUUAAAAGAAAAAGGAAAGAUUUACUGUUUUUACUUUUUAUACAUAUGACUGCUUUGCCUGUGCAUAUGUCUGUCUACCACAUGCCUGGAGAGAGCACUGGGUCACCCUGAGGGUGGAGCUCCUGGACUUAGAGACGGUUUCAAGCCACCAUGUUGGUGCUGGGAAUCCAAUCUGUGUCCUCUGGAAGAGCAACCAGUGCUCUUGUGUUGUUCGUGGCAGUAAACUGUUGGUGGAACCAGGGCAAGUGCAGAAAACAGAAGCAUUUCUUCUACUUCCCUGUGAUACAUCUGUAUCAUCGGAGUUUUGGACCAAUUGAAUACAAAGGCCCCAUGAGUGCUGUUUACAUUGAGAAGUUUGUUCGCCGGGUGAUGAAACCUCUUCUCUACAUCCCAUCUCAAUCAGAAUUGCUAGAUUUUCUCUCCAACUAUGAGCCUGGAGUACUCGGCUACUUCGAAUUCAGUGGCUCUCCCCAGCCUCCUGGAUACUUGACCUUCUUCACCUCAGCACUGCAUUCUUUAAAGAAAGAUUACCUAGGAACAGUACGAUUUGGGGUUAUCACAAAUAAACAUCUUGCGAAACUGGUAUCCUUAGUACACUCUGGAAGUGUGUAUUUACAUAGACAUUUCAACACAUCACUUGUCUUCCCCAGGGAAGUCAUGAACUUCACGGCUGAGAACAUCUAUAAGUGGGCCUCAGAAAACCAGGAGACCCUCUUCCGAUGGCUACAACCCCAUGGAGGCAAGAGUCUGCUGUUGAACAAUGAGCUGAAGAAAGGACCAGCACUCUUCCUGUUCAUACCUUUCGAUCCCUUAGCCGAGAGGCAUCCUCUCCUAGAUGAGAUCACCGAAGUGGCCUUGGAGUACAGUAACUGUCGCGGGGACCAGGUGGUGGAGCGCCUCCUUCAGCACCUGCGGCGGGCAGAAGCACCCGUGUUCCAGUCCCUGGCACCAGAGCUGCAAGCCCCACUGCCUGAUGCUCAGCUGAUGGCAGCGUCCCCCUGCUGUAACACAGUGGUGCUGCCACAGGGGCCAGCCCUCUCCAGGACCCACAAUGUCUGUGAGCUGUGUGUCAACCAGUCAGUGGGUACCAGGCCUAGCUCAGUGAGUGUGCCACAGUGCAGCUUCUUCGAGAUGGCAGCCGCUCUGGAUUCUUUCUACCUCAAGGAGCAGACUUUUUAUCGUGUGGUGUCAGGCAGCAUAGAAUGCAGCAAUUUUUUAACUUCCUAUAGUCCUUUCAGCUUCUACACUGCAUGUUGCAGGACUAUAUCCCGGGGCACGGCAAGUUUCUCUGGCUCUGCACAGGACGUCUUCACAGCCCCAGCCAUCGAAUUCUCUGCCUUAGAGAAGAGCUGUGAGGCCACUGCCCCGAGUUCCAUUCCUCACAUUGAGGAGAACAGGUACCGCUUUCCUGAAGUGGGCCUCUCUAGCACAGCCUUCACGGGCCUGAGCUGCAGAACCAACAAGACCCUGAACAUCUACCUUUUGGAUUCCAAUUUAUUUUGGUUAUAUGCAGAGAGAUUGGGUGCCCCAAGCUCUGCUCCUGUGAAGGAGUUUGCCACAAUUGUCGAUGUGAAAGAAGAAUCUCACUAUAUCCUGGACCCCAAACAAGCCCUCGUGAAGCUCACUCUAGAGUCUUUUAUUCAAAACUUCAGUGUUCUCUACAGCCCCUUGAAAAGGCAUCUCACUGGAAGUGAUUCUGCCCAGUUUCCAACUCAGCAUUUAAUCACUGAAGUGACAACUGACACCUUCUGGGAAGUAACCCUUCGGAAACAGGACGUUCUGCUGCUCUAUUACACACAGUGGUGUGGCUUUUGCCCAUCUCUCAAUCACAUCUUCAUCCAGCUAGCUCGGCUUCUGCCAGAAGACACAUUUACUGUGGCCAGGAUCGAUGUGUCUCAGAAUGAUCUUCCUUGGGAAUUCAUGGUUGACCGUCUUCCUACCGUUUUGUUUUUUCCCUGCAAUAGAAAGGACCUUAGUGUGAAAUACCCUGGAGACCUCCCCAUCACCCUCCCGAAUCUGCUGCGGUUCAUUCUGCAUCAUUCAGACCCUGCCUCUGCCCCCCAGGGCCUUACCACCAGCCCUCCCACCCAAGAAUGUGCCCAGAGCGCGGCCGUCCUGCAGCGUGAACACAUCUCUCACGUGGAGAAUGCGAUGCAGGAGCUGCGGUCUGAGAUGAGCAGCCUCCGCCGUACACAGGAGCAGGUAGAGGGCCGGCUCUUUAGUGCCCGCAGGGAUGGGCACCGCCUGCUUCGCCGGCAGCGGACCCUGGAGCAACAGCACAGGCUACUCAGGCGCCACAGCCAGAAACUGCAGGCUCUGUAUUUGAAGAAGGCUCGAGAGCUCCAGGAGCUGGCCAGUGCCUCGGAGACCCCCCUCCCUGAGCACACAUGGCUCAAGGUCCUUGUGGCAACUAUGGAGAGGGAGCUGGAGCGCCAGGGUGAUGCUAAGGAGCCAACACCUCUGGGGAAGGCUCACCCCAACCACUCCAAGCCCAUGGGUGCAACCCAGUUACCUGGUGACACCCCUCCACCCUCUAGCGCCAGCUCCACUCUGGCUUCAGAGAGGAAGCAUGAGAACAGGACAGACUAACUUUGGAAUGAGAUGAAGGAACCAGAGGUGAGAACUGUACAUUGGGAAUAUAGUUAUGCAAAUUUUAUUGAAAUUUAUUGUAAAUAAAGAUUUUCUCAGUGGUCUACAAAAUGAA